AUGAAUGUCGCUCCAAGGCAUCUAUGGAUCGUGUGGUCAGUGCAGCUUUGUGUCAGUCAGGACACUGCAAGAGGCUCGGAAGUGACAAUCAUCGAUUUGUGCAGCGAUGCGCCAUCCAGGAUGGCCUGGUCGUCGCAAAAGGCCAAACAAAGUUGUGGCUGCCGCCUCAUUUCCACGUGGGAGAAUUUGGUGACAUCGUUUGCGCCUGAAAUUAUCAUCUCAACAACCGCCAGCAAGCCAGCUUGGCAUCUGCCAUGGAUCCGGACCGCGCAUUGGGACUAUGUUUCUUACACAUUACACACGCUUGGUGAUGUUGAUAUUGGAGCUGCGAGCGCCGCCGAAUGCGUGCUUUUGUCCGGCAUGAUGCACACCUUUACACGUCUCGUUCAUGUGGUGGGAGAGAAUGCUUGGGGAAUGGUCAAACACCUGAACCUAAACAUUUUCGAAGAGUUUGUGGAUGAAAGCUCUCCGCGCGUACGAAGAUCUUUUGAAGUGUUGGACCAGAUAAACUCGGUGUUGGUGGCAAGCAGGGUUGAAUAUGGUGUCGUCAGCCUCUUUGGCAUGCUGCAAUGGUUUAGUGCUCUGCUCACUUUCCAGCGCCGUCGAGAGAUGAGACGGUUGGGGAGUGCACUGCGCCCUUGCCGACCCUUCGAACGGAAUUCGGCCGUCAACACGUCAAACAGCGGCCGUAGCAGCAGCCUGUGGCGCCACAUGUUGGAGCAGCUCAUGACUUGCUUGAUACACCGCCAACUUUUCAAUAAAGGCCAGCCGUCGAAACCGCUUUCCUGGAUUUUGACCCUCGGUCUGCACUAUUGGGGCCCGCUUCACAUUGCCAUGGCCGAAGCAGCUGGAAGGGAGCCAUACUUGCUUCCUUUCCCCAGGAUUGCGCCGCCACCCCCACCAGCAGAUCGAAAUCUUCAGCGGUUAAGGCUAGUCGAGCUGUGUGUCACCGCAAAGCAGCAGCGCCAGCUUCGAAGUUUUGCUGCAGGAGGUGUAAUGCAGCUGUCGAUGGAGACUCGGCUGGUCUUAGCCAGCCAGCGUGACGGUGCCCGUCUUGCCGUGGUCACGGUAGCUACAGGCUUGCCGAUCAGCAUUGACUCUGAGAUGCACUUGUCUGAUCAGCCGAAUCUUAUGGAUUUCUUGGUUUAUGCUGAGAAACCUCGUGGUGAAUGCCUCCAUCGGGGACGUUGUUGGGACAAGAAUCGGACCGUCUACACCUGCGGUCCGCAUGCAGCCAUGCUGCCUGAAGUGUCGAUGAGAAAGUGGUGGUGCCUCUUUCCGACCAGCAAGAAGCGGAGGGUAGAUGCUUAUGCCGUAAGCUUCUUUCGGCAAGCCGCCACAAUCAGAUGCCCGCUUCCGUCAGACGUCUCCCUGUCCCUCGAGAGCCCACUAAUUGUUGAGCUUCAGGCCGAUCCACCUUAUGCAGGUGCUGAGGCUUGGCGAAUUGCGGUAGAUGUCUGCCUGAAGCCAGGCUCUGCAGAUGACGAGCUCGGCGCUGCCUCACAUGCCGCAGGCAUUGCAGCGCGUUUGGGAAUUUGCAUCCAGCCCGCCUGGGACAUGAUGGAUUUGGAAAGAAGUGUGCCACAUCUGAUUCGGACAUUCCUGCGCUACUACCAACUGCUCGGCGCGGACAGCUUUACCUUCUACGACUUGGACGGCUCCUUCGCUAGCCACCCUGAGGUCGUCGCUUUGCUUGCGACGGGCAAGCUGAAGUAUUUCCCUCGCUUCAUGAAGGCGGUGUCGGAGCUUCUGCACGAUGCUUGGAACUCAGACAUGCUUGUUGGAUCCACAGGUUCCAAGGGUGGCUUCAUGCAAGAGCUGACGUUGAAUCAUUGUGUUCUGAAUAUGCGUGGCAGCGCAGACUUUGUACUGAUAGGUGCCAUGGACGUUUUUCUGGCUUUUGGUCCAAGCACGCCAGCUUUUCCACGGAUGUUGGAAGGAUGCGGAAACCACUUCAACCUGCUGCUCUGGCACAGGCCCAAAUACAACAGGCAGAAUCCAUUCUCACGGCAAGACCUCAUGCUGGGAGGGCUCGCGGACAUUUUCGAGAUGCUGCCUGGAGUACAUGCCCGAAGCUCCCAUGCCCAGUCCCUGGCCAGAGUUUGUGAAGAGUCGCUCACCGGGCUUUUGGCAGGCUGUCGGCACCAUUUCUCUUGGCGUCUGUGA